AUGAUUAUAAAAAUAAAAAUUGAUGAAGAUUCCUCUUUAACAUUUGACACUACAGAACUUCCUGUAGAUACAGAUUUUGAUUCUUUAUUUGAACUAAUAAAAGAGAGUAAUAUUCCAUCAUCAUCAUUAUUUAAAAUAGCUUAUGCUUAUAAGGAUAAAUAUGACUACUGUAAACAAAUACUUGAUUAUGUAAAAACUACCAAUCUAAGAGAUGUAAAAUCUAAAGCAGAAAUUUUUCAAAUGAGUCUUGAUUUAGCACAUAAUAAGCCAUUAUAUUUUUCACAAGAAUAUCCUUAUAAUUCUUUUUAUAUUUUACUAGGAUAUGAAAAUAUAAAAUCUAAAAAUUAUGUAAAAGCCUUGGCUUAUUUUACCAGAGUUCAGUACAAACUGGGAAUUGAACUUUGUAAUUUUUAUUUAAACAGAAAUAUUGUUUUUAAUAAUGAAUUAUUAAAAGCAUUGCAUAUCUUUAAUACUAAAGAUGUAUCUAACUAUAAAAUAGCAAAAGAAAUGUUUAAAAGGAAUGUAUCUAAAGAUUUUUACAAUGGAAUAUUUAAUAAUACAAAAUCUAUUGGUGAUUAUAAAAUUCAAUUAAAUAUUGAUAUUAAACUUAAUACAAUACGACAAGAUUUAUCUAAAAUAGACUUAUAUGAAUUAGAUAAUGAUUUUUUUUAUUAUUUGAAAGGAAAAAAAGAACAUUUAGAAAAAAAUUAUGAUAAAGCAAUAGAAUGGUAUAAAAAAUCUUUAAAUAAAAAUAAUAAUAUUUAUGCAAAAUAUAAUUUACAGAGAAUUUUACAAAAAGAGUACAUUGAAGAUAAUUUUGAUUGUUAUGAAUAUAAUAAUUUUAAAUAUUUUAUGAAAUAUAAAAAGUGUAAGAUUGAAGAUUUAAAAUGUGAUGUAGAAAAUAUUAAUCUAAAUAUAAAAAAUUUUAUUAAUAUAAUGUCAGGUAUUAAAAACAAUCCAGAGUCAUACAUUGCAAAAUACAAAACAUUAUUAAAAAAUGAUUUAUUGGAUAUUAAUACAAUAAAAAAUAAUCUUAUUUAUUUUAAGUAUAAAAAUAUUGAUUAUCAGGAUCUUUUAAAUGACACAUCAUGUGUUUUAGAAGAAGAUGUACAAACACUAGUAGAUAUUUAUAAUAAAACAAAUGAUGUAUAUGUUAAAUAUAACUUAUUUUAUUUAACUAGAGAUAUGAAAUAUUAUGAUAAAUUAAAUAAGUUUAGUACACAGAUACUUAAAUUUAUAAAAAAUGGAGAACUAGAAUAUAUUGAAAUUUAUGAUAAAUUAAAAAAUGCAAAAACAAUAGAAAACUACAAGGAAUGCCUUGAAAGUUUUUAUGGAGCCAAUGGUAUAGCCAUUUGUCUAGCUAAAAAUAAAAAGUAUCAAGAAGCGCUUAAAAUAUUUUAUAGUUUAGUACUUGAUUACAAUGAUGUUUAUAUAAAUAUUGGUAAUGUAUACAUAGCGAUGAAAGAAUAUGAAAAAGGGAUUAUACAAUUUCUUAAAGCCUUUUCAGAAGGUAAUAAUAUAAAAUUAUUAAGUAAAAUUUCUAAUAAUGAAUAUAUUUUUAGAAUAAUACAAGAAGUGUAUAUUUAUGUAAAUAAUAUAGAUCUUUUAAUUAAAAUAUAUAAAAUAUUUGAGAUAUCGGAUAUGAAAAAAUACAUUUUUAAAUUAUUAAUUAAUUCUAACAGAUUGGAUGAAGCAGAAUGUUUUAAAAUAGAAAGUGAUAGUGAACUUAUGAAUAUUUAUAAUAAUAAAAUAGAAGAAAGAAAUAAAGCUUGUUAUGAAAAUAAGAGAAAAGCAGAGGAAAUGGCACAAUAUAAAAAAUCUAGAAAUUUAUAA